AUGAAUCAGUCAGUGUGACUCUACUACACAUGAAUCAGUCAGUGUGAUUCUACUACACAUGAAUCAAUCCGUGUGAUUCUACUACACAUUUACAUUUUAGUCAUUUAGCAGACGCUCUUAUCCAGAGCGACUUACAGUUAGUGAAUGCAUACAUUUUCAUACUGGCCCCCCGUGGGAAUCGAACCCACAACCCUGGCAUUGCAAGCACCAUGCUCUACCAACUGAGCUACACUGGACCUACACAUGAAUCAGUCAGUGUGAUUCUACUAGACAUAAAUCUGGUUUUAUCUGAUGCAUGCUAUGAAGUUUUUAAUUAAUGGGUGUCUUGUCUACACAGGGUUGAUUAACACUUCUUAGUGGGUUAAUCGACUGUCUAAUACUAUGUGUUUAAUGUAGGCUGAUAUAACCUCUAUCAAGUUACAAGAUACUGUAGCUGUGCUAAUAAUGGUGCUGGGUGCCGUUCAUCAGCCGAAUAAUGUCGCCGUUCAUCAUUUACAUUUUAGUCAUUUAGCAGACGCUCUUAUCCAGAGCAACUUACAGUUAGUGAGUGCAUAAUUUUCAAAAAAAUGUCAUACUGGCCCCCCGCGGGAAUCGAACCCACAACCCUGACGUUGUAAGCGCCAUGCUCUACCAACUGAGCUACAGGAGGCCUAAUAAUGGUGCUGGGUGCUGUUCAUCAGCCUAAUAAUGUUGCUGGGUGCCGUUCAUCAGCCUAAUAACGGUGCUGGGUGCCGUUCAUCAGCCUAAUAACGGUGCUGGGUGACGUUCAUCAGCCUAAUAAUGUUGCUGGGUGCCGUUCAUCAGCCUAAUAAUGGUGCUGGGUGACGUUCAUCAGCCUAAUAAUGGUGCUGGGUGCCGUUCAUCAGCCUAAUAAUGAUGCUGGGUGCUGUUCAUCAGCCUAAUAAUGAUGCUGGGUGCUGUUCAUCAGCCUAAUAAUGAUGCUGGGUGCUGUUCAUCAGCCUAAUAAUGAUGAUGGGUGCUGUCCAUCAGCCUAAUAAUGGUGCUGGGUGCUGUUCAUCAGCCUAAUAAUGGUGCUGGGUGCUGUUCGUCAGCCUAAUAAUGGUGCUGGGUGCGGUUCGUCAGCCUAAUAAUGAUGCUGAGUGCUGUUCAUCAGCCUAAUAAUGGUGCUGGCUGCUGUUCAUCAGCCUAAUAAUGGUGCUGGGUGCUGUUCGUCAGCCUAAUAAUGGUGCUGGGUGCUGUUCAUCAGCCUAAUAAUGGUGCUGGGUGCUGUUCAUCAGCCUAUUGCAUUCAUCUCUGUGGUACCUUAUAUACCUGGAUUGUAGCAGACUCUCCCUACCCCACUCCACCCGUACAGGCUGUUUAAAAUCAUUGGCUGUGUGUGUGUGUGUGUGUGUGUGUGUGUGUGUGUGUGUGUGUGUGUGUGUGUGUGUGUGUGUGUGUGUGAGAUGGGAGGUCAAGGACGGUCUUGAAUGCCAUGCCUCUGGCUGCUCCUGUUUGUACCCAAGUUAUUUAAAGAGCUCAUCUACCCUACCCUCCUACCACUCACCAAUGCACGCACGCACGCACGCACACAGACACACACACACACACACAGAAAAACACACUUUGUCCUGAAGCCUCCCGUCAGUGUGUCCUGACUUUCGACCUGCUGGAUUAAUGAAUGAAUCUCCUCUCUGUCUGGAUCCCAGAGAGGGUUCUGAGCUGAGCACUGCCUCUCCUCUCCUCUCCUCUCCUCUCCUCUCCUCUCCUCUCCUCUCCUCUCCUCUCCUCUCCUCUCCUCUCCUCUCCUCUCCUCUCCUCUCCUCUCCUCUCCUCUCGCUGCCUGGUGGGCACAGAGAUGGCAGCACUCACCCAUUCAUCAACAAGCCUAUGGGGAGGGAAACAUGGCGGAGAGAGAGGGAGAGGGUAGAAGUGAAGGAGAAGGAAAGGUGGAGGGAAGAGGGGGGAGGAGGGUGGGUAUGUAUGGGUGACAGACAUCCUGAGGUGUUCACUGAGGUAUGAGGGGUAGUAGGGUAAGGGUGUGGGAAGAGGAGGAGGGAAGAGGGUGUAUUUAAAGAUAGAAAUGGGACAGCUCUCCAUCUUUAAAUGAAUAACUCACCGUGGGGCUCUCCCAUUGUUUCCCCCAAAUAACAUCACAUUAAUUUCCAUUUAACUCGGGAGAUUUUCAGAAAAGAUGGAUUACAAUAUCAUAAAGUCUGCAAGGGUGAAGAGAGGGGAAGGGAGAGAGGUGGAAACUGAGGCCCGUAACCCUGCUGGGGGUUGAACUACGCUAAUGAACAGAAACAGAGAAGAGACGUAAAGAAAGAGGGAAAAGAGGCAAACAGGCUGUCAGCCUUUGAUCAGCACUGGCACUUGUCAAGGUAGGAAGCCAUGUUGUUUCAUGACAUGCAGACUGAUGUCAACUUUAACGAUGGAGUGAGGCCAGGAAAGACAAACAGGGAAGUCCCUCUCUCUUUCCUCUGGGAUGAGAGGACGAGUAGGGAGGGGGAUGACGCAGAUUUAGCAGCCCUCACUCCACCACAGAAAGAUUGUGGCUGUUUUUCCUUUCAUCUCCUCACACAUUCACACAUAGACAGAGAGAGAGGAGAGAGAGAGAAGAUGGAGAGAGAAUGAGAAAGAGAAAGAGAUAGAUACGGUGCCUUCAGAAAGAACCCUUCACUUAUUACACAUUUUGUUGUGUUACAGCCUGAAUUCAAAAUGAAUUAAAUAUUUUUUUUUCUCUCAACCAUCUACACACAAUACCCCAUAACCCUGUAGCUCAGUUGGUAGAGCAUGGCGCUUGCAACGCCAGGGUUGUGGGUUCAUUUCCUACGGGGGGCCAGGGUGAAAAAUGUAUGCACUCACUAACUGUAAGUCGCUCUGGAUAAGAGCGUCUGCUAAAUGACUAAAAUGUAAAAUGUAAAAUAACGACAAAGUGAAAACGUUUUUAGAAAUGUUAGCAAAUUUAUUGAAAGUGAAAUACAGAAAUAUCUCAUUUACAUAAGUAUUCACAUCCCUGAGUCAAUAAAUGUUAUAAUCACCUUUGGCAGCGAUUACAGCUGUGAGUCUAAGAGCUUUGCACACAUGGAUUAUACAAUAUUUGCACAUAAAAAAUAAAAAUAUUCUUCAAGCUCUGUCAAGUUGGUUGUUGAUCAUUGCUAGACGACCAUUUUCAAGUCUUGCCAUAGAUUUUCAAGCUGAUUUAUAGUAAGUCAAAACUGUAACUAGGCCACUCAGGAACAUUCAAUGUCGUCCUUGAUGAGGAUUUUUUAUUUAUUUAAUCCAUUUUAGAAUAAGGCUGUAACAUAACAAAUUGUGGAAAAAGGGAAGGGGUCUGAAUACUUUCUGAAUGCACUGUGUUCGGUUUCUUUUUAUCCUAAAAAACUCCCUAGUCCUUGCUGAUGGCAAGCAUACCCAUAACAUGAUGCAGCCACCACCAUGCUUGAAAAUAUGAAGAGUGAUACUCAGUGAUGUGUUGUGUUGGAUUUGCCCCAAACAUAACGUUUGUAUUCAGGACAUUAAGUUAAUUUCUUUGCCACAUUUUUUGCAGUUUUACUUUAAUGCCUUAUUGCAAUCAGGAUGCAUGUUUUGGAAUAUUUUUAUGCUGUACAGGCUUCGUUCUUUUCACUCUGUCAAUUAGGUUAGCAUUGUGGUGUAAUUACAAUAUUGUUGAUCCAUCCUCAGUUUUUCUCCUAUCAUAGCCAUUAAACUCUGAAACUGUUUUAAAGUCACCAUUGGCCUCAUAGUGAAAUCCCUGAGCGGUUUCCUUCCUCUCUGGCAACUGAGUUAGGAAGGACACCUGUAUCUUUGUAGUGACUGGGUGUAUUGAUACACCAUCCAAAGUGUAAUUAAUAACUUAACCAUGCUCAAAGGGAUAUUUAAUGUCUGAUUUUUUUUAAUUAACCAUCUACUAAUAGGUGCCUUUCAUUGCGAGGCAUUGGAAAACCUCCCUGGUCUUUGUGGUUGAAUCUGUGUUUGGAAUUCACUGCUUGACUGAGGGAUCUUAUAGAUAAUUGUAUGUGUGGGGUAGAGAGAUGAAGUAGUCAUUCAAAAAUCAUGCUAAACACUAUUGUUGCACACGGAGUGAGUCCAUGCAACUUAUUAUGUGACUUGUUAAGCAAAUGUUUACUCCUGAACUUAUUUAAGCUUGCAAUAACAAAGGGGUUGAAUACUUAUUGACUCAUGACAUUAUAGCUUUUCAUUUGUAAUUAAUUUGUUAACAUUUCUAAAAACAUAUGGGGUAUUGUGUGUAGGCCAGUGACACAAAAUAUAAAUGUAAUCAAUUUUAAAUUCAGGCAGUAACACAACAAAAUGUGGAAAAAGUCAGGGGGUGUGAAUAUUUUCUGAAGGAACUGUAGAUAGAGAGAGAGAGGGGAAAGGAGCGAGAGAGCGAGAGAGAAGAGAGAGGUUUUCAGUACUCAGCAGCAGUACAGUUCAUUUGAUCAGGAUGUUUAGGUUCUCUACACAACAGAGGGUUAUACUACAUAGCACGAUAGAGGAGUUAGCGAGCUAACUUUGGUCAAUUCUGAGUUCAAUUGGGAUAACCGUUGACAAGAAGGUUGCUCACCUUUUAGCAAAGUACAUUUCUAUGGCAACGAAUCCUUCAGUGCUAACCUGCUCCGGAUCAUCACUAGUUACAACAGCCACAAAGUCAUAAACCCCGCCUAUUUCUUAAAGUGUAACAUCGAUAGGUUUAGGCUACUACGGCCUCACAACCGCAGACCACGUGUAACCAGCCAGCCCAGGACCUCCACAUCCGGCUUCUUCACCUGCGGGAUCGUCUGAGAACAGCCACCUGGACAGCUGAUGAAACUGAGGAGUAUUUCUGUCUGUAAUAAAGCCCUUUUGUAGGGAAAAACUCAUUCUGAUUGGCUGGGCCUGGCUCCCCAGUGGGUGGGCCUGGCUCCCAAGUGGGUGUGCCUAUGCCCUCCCAGGCCCACCCAUGGCUGCGCCCCUGCCCAGUCAUGUGAAAUCCAUAGAUUAGGGCCUAAUGAAUUUAUUUCAAUUGAUUGAUUUCCUAAUAUGAACUGUAACUCAGUAAAAUCGUUGAAAUUGUUGCAUGUUGCGUUUAUAUUUUUGUUCAGUAUAUACAGUACGCAACACAUUUUCCACCAACAGGUUUCUGUACCAAUGCACCAUACAACCAAUAAACAAAGCUGCUUAAAAUGUUUUACACAAGCAGUUUUUACGAGCUUGUUUUGGCUGUUCUGUAGCUUAUUGUGUAGAUGUUAGGGGCUGCUGGUGAACAAUGAUCGGCAGGCAUAAUCAAAGUGACACUGGACUAGCGCACUUGCCAGAGUCUUAAGGGUGUUGAUAGCUAGGUUUCCAUCCAAUUGGCGACAGAUUUUCAUGUGAAAAUUCUAAAAUCUGCGUAAAAACAAUAUGCACAUUUUCCCAUCGGAGUUGUGUUUCCAUCGUCUGUGCGUCAACCCUUCUCUUGAACAAAAGCGUGCUGACCUGGUAGCGACGAACCUACUGAUUCUACUUGUAGAAUUACAAUGCUCAUCAGUGGCCAACAACUUGACUUUGAGCCAAUCAGAGAUGAUGAUCCGCACCAGACAGCACAUCUCAGUAAAUGUCGAACAGUCCCUUAUUUCCCACCAAAGCCUACAUUUGCAGGAUAACGUUUUCUUCAUUUAAUUCAUUUUGAUUUCGGCAAAAAUUUAAAUGCACCACUGAUUGCUGUUUCACCAUUGUCUCAAUGAAGGUCAAAAAUAGUGGACUAUAGAGGGAAUAGGGUGCCAUUUGGGAUGCGUGUAGUAAGCCUCAUAGCUAGAGAUAAGAGUACAGCAACUAAAUCAUCUGUAAUAGAUUGAUACUGUAUUAUUAUAGGAUGAGCUCUGUCAACAAGAAUAAUGGUGGUGUCAGUGAUGAUGUCCCUUUUGUAUCUAAUAUCAUAACCGCAUUAAUGAAAUGAAAUAUUACCCUAAAGUCUCUCUUUUACUCUCAUACCUCUCUCCCUCUCUUCCCUCUCUCCCUCUCUUCCGCUCUCCUCUCUCCCUCUCUUCCAACUCUCCCUCUCUCUGAUCUUCUCGCUCCCUCCUUUGCUCUCUCUUAUUCAUGUCCUCCUCCCCCUCCUCCUCCCCCUCCCCUCCCCCUCCCUCCCUCCCUCCUCCCUCCCUCCCUCCCUCCCUCUGCCUCUCUCUCUCCUCCCUUCUCCCUCUCCCUCUCCCUCUCCCUCUCCCUCUCCCUCUCCCUCUCCCUCUAUCUCUCUCUCUCCCUCUCUCUCUCUCCCCCCUCUCUCUACCUCUCUUUCUCCCUCCCUCCAUCCCUCCAUCUCUCACACGCUGUGCUCCCAUCUGUUUCAGGAACUUCAAAGACCUUCCAAUCCCCCUGGUCUCUCUCCUUUUUAACUCUUUUAUCGGCCUUUAAUAAAGCCCCACUUCAAAAAGGAAAGACUUUCUCCCUCAUUAUCACUUCAUUACUUUAUUAAACUGCUAUGCUAAUAUAUUAUAAUAAUGUAUAUUCGAUGUAUGACAUUUAUAUAUUUUUUAAAGCGGGCCCAGUUGAAUCGGGCUAUUUUAUUUAUUUUAUUAUUUAUGUAUUAUUAUGAGGAAGGGUAGAUGAAAGUGUGGAUAUGGAGGAGAGAGAGGAGAGGAGUAGUAGAAGAGUGUAGGAGUUGAGGACAUGCAUUCUAAAGUACAGGACCUCAUCAGUGAUGCACCCUAGGAUGUCACUGUAGUGGUUGUGGUGCUUGAUGUGGAGUGGGUGUCUCUGAUGCGGCCUGUUGAUGCUUCUCCAGUCUGUGUCAUGAACUCUUUUAUCUCUCUCCAUCUCUCUCUGCUCUCUCUCCAUCUCUAUCUGCUCUCUCUCCAUCUCUCUCUGCUCUCUCUCCAUCUCUCUCUGCUCUCUCUCUCCAUCUCUCUAUCUCUCUCUGCUCUCUCUCCAUCUCUCCAUCUCUCUCUGCUCUCUCUCCAUCUCUAUCUGCUCUCUCUCCAUCUCUAUCUGCUCUCUCUCCAUCUCUCUCUGCUCUCUCUCCAUCUCUCUCUGCUCUCUCUCUCCAUCUCUCUAUCUCUCUAUCUCUCUCUGCUCUCUCUCCAUCUCUUCAUCUCUCUCUGCUCUCUCUCCAUCUCUCCAUCUCUCUCUGCUCUCUCUCCAUCUCUCUCUGCUCUCUCUCUCCAUCUCUCUAUCUCUCUAUCUCUCUCUGCUCUCUCUCCAUCUCUCAUCUCUCCAUCUCUCUCUGCUCUCUCUCAUCUCUCCAUCUCUCCAUCUCUCUCUCAUCAUCCUCCCACUAUGGAUCUGUCAUGGACCUCACAUCAUGACCCUGGAGAGCCACGAGAGCUCUCUGGCUGACGUACACUGAAUGUGUUUGUGUGUGUAUGUGCAUGUGUGUUCGUGUGUGUGUCCAUGUGUGUGUGCUGUCGUUUUUUUCAAGUGUAUGGGGGUGGAAGGUGUAUAGGUACUUUAUGUUUCAUUGUCUGGAAAGUAUUGGAUUUGUCAGGUCUUUGACUUGUGCGAUUCCUGGCUGUGUAUUUUGUCUGUGUGUAUGUGUGUCAGAAUGUUUGAUUCUGGUGUCACAUCUCUCUCAUACAUUCCUCUGUUGAGUUUUGUUUUAUGUGUCUCUCUCUACGCUGGCAUCGGUUAACUCCAGCUUGCCUUUGAUUGCAGCUUCAAAUGCCGCCUGCCUGAGUGGUUUUCUCCACACGUUCUGGCACUCCCCCCUCCAGAGCUCUCUCCCAGCUAGCUCAUUCUGGCCCCACCCCCUACCUCACUCUGUCCUUAACCACGGUACACCGUGCCCUCUGUGCGGCGUCUGUCUGCGAGACUGAGACAGGGCAGAACUCAACUUUGGCCUCCAGAAAGAGCCACAGGGAUGGAGAUCAAUUGCCUGGCUACCCAGACUCCUUGCUCCGGCCAAACGCUACGCCACGCCCAUGGACGUUCGUUUCUUCUCCGGAAUGAGUCUGGAUCUCCCCGACCCUUCACCGAAUGCGGACUGGUUGGUUGGUCCAGAAACCGAUGGGUUGGGCCAGAACCAGAACACAUGUACAAGUGGCAGUUUGAAAAUUCUUAAUUGUCUUUGUACUCUGAUUGGUUAGAGACAAUCCAAUCACUGAUGUCUUUGUUUUGUACAACGCUCCUCGUGCCCCUCUUCACCACAAAUGACUUCAAUGAUGGCAGUCUCAGACUAAAGUGCUCUACAUGACCAAAAGUAUGUGGACAUCUCAUUCCAAAAUCAUGGGCAAUAAUAUGGAGUUGGUCCCCCUUUUGCUUCUAUAACAGCCUCCACUCUUCUGGGAAGGCUUUCCACCAAAUGUUGGAACAUUGCUGCGGGGACUUGCUUCCAUUCAGCCACAAGAGCAUUAGUGAGGUCGGGCACAGUCGGCGUUCCAAUUCAUCCCAAAGGUGUUUGAUGGGGUUGAGGUAAGGGGUCUGUGCAGGCCAGUCAAGUUCUUCCACACCGAUCUCGACAAACCAUUUCUGUAUGGACCUCGAUUUGUGCACGGGGGCAUUGUAAUGUUGAAACAGGAAAGGGCCUUCCCCAAACUGUUGCCACAAAGAUGGAGAUUUCCCUUCACUGGAACUAAGGGACCUAGCCCGAACCAUGGAAAACAGCCCCAGACCAUUAUUCCUCCUCCACCAAACUUUACAGUUGGCACUAUGCACUAGCUUUCUCCUGGCUACCGCCAAACCCAGAUUCGUCUGUCGGACUGCCAGAUGGUGAAGCGUGAUUCAUCACUGCAGAGAAUGCGUUUCCACUGCUCCAGAGUCCAAUGGCGGCGAGCUUUACACCACUCCAGCCGACACUUAUGGUGAUCUUAGGCUUGUGUGUGGCUGCUCGGCUAUGGAAACCCAUUUUAUGAAGCUCCCAACGAACAGUUCUUGUGCUGACGUUGCUUCCAGAGGCAGUUUGGAACUCGGUAGUGAAUGUUGCAACCGAGGACAGACGCGCUUCAGCAUUUGGGAGUCCAGUUCUGUGAGCUUGUGUGGCCUACCACUUUGCGGCUGAGGCGUUGUUGCUCCUAGACGUUUCCACUUCACAUUAACAGCAGUUACAGUUGACCGGGGCAGCUCUAGCAGGGCUGAAAUUUGACGAACUGACUUGUUGGAAAUGUGGCAUCCUAUGACGGUGCCACCUUGAAAGUCACUGAGCUCUUCAGUAAGGCCAUUCUACUGCAAAUGUUUGUCUAUGGAGAUUGCAUGGCUGAGUGCUCGGGUGUGGCUGAAAUAGCCGAAUACACUAAUUUGAAGGGGUGUCCACAUACUGCUGUAUAUAUAGUGUAUGUAGCGAAUGACAGAGCAGCUGAAAAAUGUAGUGUGAGUCAUCAGGCUAGGAGAUCAAUGGAGUCAAUGCUGAAAGUCAAUGCUGAAAGUCAGAGACAGAGAUACAGCGGUAGAGAGAGAAAAGACAGAGCAGAUAGAUAGCCAGGCAUACUGUGGGUGCAUCCCAAAUAGCACCCUAUUCUCUCUAUAGUGCACAACUGUAAAUACAAAGGGAAUAUCUACUCUGAGUCAGUCAGUGUGGUUGGGGUGUUGAUGCUGUGCUCUUGUCUUCACACCUCUCUCUCGCUACAUGCGGACGUCCAACUGUUUGCCCACACGUUCAUCAUCCUGGCCCUCCUGUGUGUGUGUGUGUGCGUCCCUGUGUGUGUGUGUGCCUGUAUGUGUGUCUGAUAAGAUAUUGUGUAACAGAUGGAGUAACCUAAUACCUGUCUCAUCUUUUCCUUUCCGCUGUUCCUCUCUGUCCGUCCACCCAGUGGCAUGGCUGAUGUGAUGCUAUCUGGGUCUUACCAGAAUCCUCCCUGUCUUGUUCCAGGAAUCAGCCCACCCCACCCUACCGGUCUGCCGGCCCCUUUCCGUCCGGUAACCCUCUGGCCGCCUGUCUGUCCGGUAAACCUCUGGUCCGCCUGUCCAUCCGGUAAACCUCUGGCUCCCUGUCCGUCUGGUAAACCUCUGGCCCCCUGUCAGUCUGGUAAACCUCUUGCCCCCUGUCUGUCCGGUAAACCUCUGGCCUCCUGUCUGUCCGGAAAACCUCUGGCCCCUUGUACGUCUGGUAAACCUCUGGCCCCCUGUCCAUCCGGUAAACCUCUGGGUUCCUGUCCGUCCGGUAAACCUCUGGCCCCUUGUCCAUCUGGUAAACCUCUGGCCCCCUGUCCAUCCGGUAAACCUCUGGGUUCCUGUCCGUCCGGUAAACAUCUGGCCCCUUGUCCAUCUGGUAAACCUCUGGCCCCCUGUCGGUCCGGGUAAAACCUCUAAAGCCUCCCAUGUCUGUCCGGUAAACCUCUAGCCCCCUGUCUGUCCGGUAAACUCUGGCCCCCUGUCUGUCCGGUAAACCUCUAGCCCCCUGUCUGUCCGGUAAACCUCUGGCCCCCUGUCUGUCCGGUAAACCUCUAGCCCCCUGUCUGUCCGGUAAACCUCUGGCCCCCUGUCUGUCCGGUAAACCUCUAGCCCCCUGUCUGUCCGGUAAACCUCUGGCCCCCUGUCUGUCCGGUAAACCUCUGGCCCCCUGUCUGUCCGGUAAACCUCUGGCCCCCUGUCUGUCGGUAAACCUCUGGCCCCCUGUCUGUCCGGUAAACCUCUAGCCCCCUGUCCGUCCGGUAAACCUCUGGCCCCCUGUCUGUCCGGUAAACCUCUGGCCCCCUGUCUGUCCGGUAAACCUCUGGCCCCCUGUCCGUCUGGUAAACCUCUGGCCCCCUGUCUGUCCGGUAAACCUCUGGCCCCCUGUCUGUCCGGUAAACCUCUGGCCCCCUGUCUGUCCGGUAAACCUCUGGCCCCCUGUCUGUCCGGUAAACCUCUGGCCCCCUGUCUGUCCGGUAAACCUCUGGCCCCCUGUCUGUCCGUCUGGUAAACCUCUGGCCCCCUGUCUGUCCGUCUGGUAAACCUCUGGCCCCCUGUCUGUCCGUCUGGUAAACCUCUGGCCCCCUGUCUGUCCGUCUGUAAACUCUGGCCCCCUGUCUGUCCGUCGGUAAACCUCUGGCCCCUGUCUGUCGUCUGGUAAACCUCUGGCCCCCUGUCUGUCCGUCUGGUAAACCUCUGGCCCCCUGUCUGUCCGGUAAACCUCUGGCCCCCUGUCUGUCCGGUAAACCUCUGGCCCCCUGUCUGUCCGGUAAACCUCUGGCCCCUUGUCUGUCCAGUAAACCUCUGGCCCCCUGUCUGCCCGGGUAAACCUCUGGCCCCCUGUCUGUCCGGUUAACUCUGGCCCCUUGUCCGUCCAGUAAACCUCUGGCCCCCUGUCUGUCCGGUAAACCUCUGGCCCCCUGUCUGUCCGGUAAACCUCUGGCCCCCUGUCUGUCCGGUUAACCUCUAGCCCCCAUGCUCAAAUAGACACAGACUCCCCUGGAAUAAGACUUCCUCAGGUGGAGCAGUUCGUUCUCAGGUUACAUAGACUAUGGAUGUGUCCAAAUGGCACCCUAUUCCCUAUGUAGUGCACUACCUUUGAGCAUGGCCCAUAGGGCUCCGGUCAAAAGCAGUGCACUGUAUAGGGAAUAGGGUGCCAUUUGGGAUGCGGCCCAUUUCAACCUUUUGGAGCCUGAAUAAAAUUAGCCCAGCCUGGAGCAGAGUAGCAUCCCAUCCAAAAUCAAUGGGAUGCAUCAUACAUAAGCACAGUAGCACACACAUCGUUUAUGUGUGAUGUAUAAAGUGGCAGACCAUAGCUGUUAGGUAUUCCCAGUGCUGUUUUAGGGGCUGAUCCUGGAUCCGUCCUGUUCUGUCACAGCACCCUAAAUGGCAUGCUAUUCCCUAUAAAGUGCAGUACUUUUGACCAUGGCCCAGGGUGGUCAAAGGUAGUGCACUAUGUAGGGAAUUGUGUGGUCAAAAGUUAAAUGAAUAACGUGCCAUUUCAGAGCCAUCCCAGGUGCCCAUCCCUCAUCGUCGAUCCGUCUCCUUGGCGAUGCGUAGAGGUGAUACUCCAUCAGGGAAAUUGAUUAGUCUCAUUGGCUGGCUAAUUUAUUGAUGGUUGUCCUCUCCCUGGGAUAAUGAGUGUAUUAUUGAUGGUUGUCCUCUGCCAGGGAUAAUGAGUGUAUUAUUGAUGGUUGUCCUCUCCCAGGGAUAAUGAGUGUAUUAUUGAUGGUUGUCCUCUCCCAUGGAUAAUGUGUAUUAUUGAUGAUCGUCCUCUCCCAGGGAUAAUGUGUAUUAUUGAUGAUCGUCCUCUCCCAGGGAUAAUGUGUAUUAUUGAUGAUCGUCCUCUCCCAGGGAUAAUGAGUGUAUUAUUGAUGAUCGUCCUCUCCCAGGGAUAAUGUGUAUGGCCCUUCAGUGAUUGAUGUGUUGGCGGGCCGAUAGAGGGAGCCCUCUCUGUCUGCAUUCCUCCUCAAUGUAGAACCUGACCUGUUAUGAGUCACACAGUCACAUGGUUUUGUCCCAAAUGGCACCCUAUUUCCUAUGUAGUGUACUACUUUUGACCAGAGCCCUAUGGGUCCUGGUCAAAAGUAGUGUGCUAUAUAGGUAAUGGAGUGGUAUUUGGGAUAUAGCCACAGUCACACCAUUGACCGAUGUGAGGAGAAUGGAGACUGGUGGGAUGUUGUGACUGACAUCCUAAGUACAGUCCCAGUCAAAAGUUUUAGAACACCUACUCAUUCAAUGGUUUUUCUUUAUUUUUACUAUUUUCUACAUUGUAGAAUAAUAGUGAAGACAUCAAAACUAUGAAAUAACACUUAUGGAAUCAUGUAGUAACCAAAAAAGUGUUAAACAAAUCAAAGUAUAUUUUACAUUUGACAUUUUAGUCAUUUAGCAGAUGCUCUUAUCCAGAGCGACUUACAGUUAGUGAGUGCAUACAUUUUUCAUACUUAUUUUAAAUUUGAGAUUCUUGAAAUAGCCACCCUUUGCCUUCAUGACAGCUUUGCACACUCUUGGCAUUCUCUCAACCAACUUCCUGAGGUAUGUGUCACAUCCAUAUGUGUUAUUUCAUAGUUGUGAUGUCUUCACUAUUAUUCUACAUUGUAGAAAAUAGUAAAAAUAAAGAAAAACAAGUAGGUGUGUCCAAACUUUUGACUGGUAGUGUACGUCUUACCAUGCAGGCACGUGAAUAUGGAGGCUAUAAGGCUGAUACUGCUGCAGACAGGCACGUUAAUAUGGAGGCUAUAAGGCUGAUACUGCUGCAGACAGGCACGUUAAUAUGGAGGCUAUAAGGCUGAUACUGCUGCAGACAGGCACGUUAAUAUGGAGGCUAUAAGGCUGAUACUGCUGCAGACAGGCACGUUAAUAUGGAGGCUAUAAGGCUGAUACUGCUGCAGACAGGCACGUUAAUAUGGAGGCUAUAAGGCUGAUACUGCUGCAGACAGGCACGUUAAUAUGGAGGCUAUAAGGCUGAUACUGCUGCAGACAGGCACGUUAAUAUGGAGGCUAUAAAGGCUGAUACUGCUGCAGACAGGCCCGUUAAUAUGGAGGCUAUAAGGAUGAUACUGCUGCAGACAGGCACGUUAAUAUGGAGGCUAUAAGGAUGAUACUGCUGCAGACAGGCACGUUAAUAUGGAGGCUAUAGGCUGAUACUGCUGCAGACAGCACGUUAAUAUGGAGGCUAUAAGGAUGAAUCCUGGCUGCAGACAGGCACGUUAAUAUGGAGGCUAUAAGGAUGAUACUGCUGCAGACAGGCACGUUAAUAUGGAGGCUAUAAGGCUGAUACUGCUGCAGACAGGCACGUUAAUAUGGAGGCUAUAAGGCUGGAGGAGGAGGAGAGAGGAUGGAGGAGGAGGGAGGAGGAGAGAUGGAGGAGGAGGGAGGUUAAGGGAGGAAAAGAGAUGAGGGAGGAGGAGAGAUGGAGGAGGAGGGAGGUAAAGGGAGGAGAAGGCCAGGGUGCUGACGGAGGAGGGAGGGGUUUAGGUUAAAGAGGAGGAUAGAUGAGGAGGGAGGAGGAGAGAUGAUGGAGGGGGAAGGAGGAGGAGAGAGGAGAGAGGAGGAGGAAGGAGGAAGGAGGAGGAGGAAGGAUGGAGGAGGAAGGAGGAGGAGAGAGGAAAGAUGAGGGAUGCCUAGGAUGUCUUUGUGUCUGUGUCUAGGGAGACAUGUCUGUUGUAACUACUACUACUACUACUACUACUACUACUACUACUACUACUACUACUACUACUACUACUACUACUACUACUACUACUACUACUACUCUCUAGAGAGAGCCACCACCAUGUCUGUAUAUGAGUCUAUAGCAUCAUGGGCCCAGUCUGCGUCCAACUGGCACCCUAUUCCUUAGAUAGUGCACCUUUCGACCAGGGCCCAUAGGCCCACAUAUAGUAAGCAGUUCACUAAAUAGGGAAUAGGGUCCCUGACACACAGCCCCUCUCCCUCCAUUAGAGGUCACCUGAUCCCACCCAACCCUCCAGGCCUUAGCCUGCUGAGAGGACACCUGAGACCACCCAACCCUCCAGGCCCUAGCCUGCUGAGAGGACACCUGAUCCCACCCAACCCUCCAGGCCCUGGCCUGCUGAGAGGACACCUGAUCCCACUCAACCCUCCAGGCCCUAGCCUGCUGAGAGGACACCUGAUCCCACCCAACCCUCCAGGCCCUAGCCUGCUGAGAGGACACCUGAUCCCACCCAACCCUCCAGGCCCUAGCCUGCUGAGAGGACACCUGAUCCCACCCAACCCUCCAGGCCCUAGCCUGCUGAGAGGACACCUGAUCCCACCCAACCCUCCAGGCCCUGGCCUGCUGAGAGGACACCUGGUCCCACCCAACCCUCCAGGCCCUGGCCUGCUGAGAGGACACCUGAUCCCACCCAACCCUCCAGGCCCUGGCCUGCUGAGAGGACACCUGAUCCCACCCAACCCUCCCGGCCCUAGCCUGCUGAGAGGAAACUUGAUCCCACCCAACCCUCCAGGCCCUAGCCUGCUGAGAGGACACUUGAUCCCACCCAACCCUCCAGGCCCUAGACUGCUGAGAGGAAACUUGAUCCCACCCAACCCUCCAGGCCCUAGUCUGCUGAGAGGAAACUUGAUCCCACCCAACCCUCCCGGCCCUAGCCUGCUGAGAGGAAACUUGAUCCCACCCAACCCUCCAGGCCCUGGCCUGCUGAGAGGAAACUUGAUCCCACCCAACCCUCCCGGCCCUAGCCUGCUGAGAGGAAACUUGAUCCCACCCAACCCUCCAGGCCCUAGCCUGCUGAGAGGACACCUGAUCCCACCCAACCCUCCAGGCCCUAGCCUGCUGAGAGGACACUUGAUCCCACCCAACCCUCCAGGCCCUAGACUGCUGAGAGGAAACUUGAUCCCACCCAACCCUCCAGGUCCUGGCCUGCUGAGAGGGAGAGAGCAGAGAGGAGCGGGCCCAGGAAAUGGCUCCAUAAUGGUUAUUAGACUGAGCUCUGUGACCCCCAUGUACUUAGAGCCUUUAUAAAGAGCUCCAGCUCUCUUUGAGCCAUUAUAAAGUAGCUUGCUCUACUACGGUCUGUAAGCGAUACAGCAGGUUGCAUCUGAUUUACAUGGUUGACUUUAUGAAGAUGUCUGGCCUUAAGAGGCUUUAACAGAACUUGAGGAGGCAGAAGGAAGUAGAAGGACUUUAUAAAGAUGUCUGGCUUUUACUUUACUUCACAUAUUCUCUAUUGUUCUCAUUUGGUGUAAAUGAAAUAGUGUAUUUGUGUGAGCAUUGUGCGCUUCAGUGUGUGUACGUGUGUGUGUACGUGUGUGUGUACGUGUGUGUGUACAUGUGUGUGUUUACGUGUGUACGUGUGUGUAUGUACGUGUGUGUGUGUGUAUGUAUGUGUGUAACGUGUGCCCCUUCCUGGCAGCCUGACUGGCAUUCAGCACGUCUGUCUUCUCAUUGGUCAUUGGGAAGUACAUCUCAGGCACAGCAGAACAACCCAACUCAAAACUCUAAUAUGAGGCACACCAACACACCCCUCUCCCUCUCUCCAACCACAUGCAUACCCUCAUUUGGAGAAGGAACGGAACGCAGACUGAGAGGAAACACAGUGUGAGCUAUUGCAGUAUAUCUCUGCUGUGUAGAGGGCCAUUGCCUAAAUACAUUAAAAAUAACACACAUGUCAAAAAUAUUGUGAUGUUCAGACACUCAUGGUAACCAAUCAUUAUCCACUCAUGGUGGUCCUCUGUAGCUCAGCUGGUAGAGCACGGCGCUUGUAACGCCAAGGUAGUGGGUUCGAUCCCCGGGACCACCCAUACACAAAAAAAUGUAUGCACGCAUGACUGUAAGUCGCUUUGGAUAAAAGCGUCUGCUAAAUGGCAUAUUAUUAUUAUUAUUAUUAUGGUAACCAAUCAUUAUCCACUCAUGGUAACCAAUCAUUAUCUAAGUUCCCUCUCAGUUCACUGGUGUGAAUUAGGGUGCAUAGUAAGUUUUCAGGCAGUCACUUCAAAAAGUAACUAGUUGAUUAUUUGUAAAACAAAACCUGUUCUCCAGUACCCUGGGCUUAUCACCUGCCCAAGACCUGUUCUCCAGUACCCUGGGCUUAUCACCUGACCAAAACCUGUUCUCCAGUACCCUGGGCUUAUCACCUGCCCAAAACCUGUUCUCCAAUACCCUGGGCUUAUCACCUGCCCAAGACCUGUUCUCCAGUACCCUGGGUUUAUCACCUGCCCAAGACCUGUUCUCCAGUACCCUGGGUUUAUCACCUGCCCAAGACCUGUUCUCCAGUACCCUGGGCUUAUCACCUGCCCAAGACCUGUUCUCCAGUACCCUGGGCUUAUCACCUGCCCAAGACCUGUUCUCCAGUACCCUGGGCUUAUCACCUGCCCAAAUGCUCCAGCUCAGUGGUUGUGUCACAAAAGGCACCCUGUUCCCUAAUAGGUCACUACUUUUGACCAGAGCCCAAUGAGCCCUGGGCCCUGGUCAAAAGUAGUGCACUAUAAAGGGGUGCCAUUUAGGAUGCAGGAAGUGACUCCCAGCCAGAUCCCCUGCCUAGAGCAGUAAUAGAACCCUAAAACCUCUCUCCAUUCUCCUUUGUUGUUGUCUCUCCCUGCCAUCUUCCUCUGGGCGGGGGGCGUGGGAGAUGGAGACUGUGCCUCUUUGCCACAAUGUUGAUAAGACUUCACUUAGUGCCUUGAAACACCUCUGAUUAUUUCCCUGCCUCACGUCGACCGCACCCUCCCUUCCUCCUGCCUGCUCUAUGCCUUUCUCUUCCAGACAUCUACAAGGCAAUACAGUCCGCUGGGUCUAGGUUGGCAGCUCAAAUCAGGAUUAAUGGGAUGCUUUUAAGUGGCUAAGACUCUUGAAAUGUGCUCUUUUGUAGUGUCAGAAAGGUCAAACCCCAAAUCGUGGUUUUCAUCUGAUGUGGAGGCUUUGAAUUGCUUAGUGUACAAGCCUCUGUCUUCAGCGGAUGAUAACACAAAGGUGUGUGUGUGUGGGUGCGUGUGCGUGUGUGUGGGUGCGUGUGCGUGUGUGUGUGUUUGAGUGUGUGUGUGGGAAACAUUUCCUCUGAGUGUGUUUGUGAAAGAGAGAGUGUUUUACAGUGAUUGUGAAUGUUUUUUGGUUUGUUUUUAUUGAUGUGUUCACUAGAAAUGAGUUUUAAAGCUGCACUUUUAUCUAACAUUCUCUCCCCCUUCCUCUCUCUCUCCUUCUCUGUCACCGCCCCCUCCCCUCCCCCUCUAUCUACCAGAGGCCUUUGAGUUGGUGUUGCGUCUUGGCCGUAACUCGACCCUGCUGGUGCUGAAGGCGGAGUUCCCAGGGCUGGGGGGCGGGGCCCAGGGGGCGGUGGGUCAGCUCUUCCUGGAUGUGUCUCUCUACAUCCUGGGCUCAGACUCCAGCGUGGAACACAUGGUCCAGGCCUUCUUCACCCGCCUCUUCCCCUUGACCUACCGACGCCUGCUGGGGGGUGGCGCAGCACCCAUAUCUGAGGAAUGCCUGCGGGGGGCGUGGAAGGACUCCAUAGCGUUCGGCCCCUACCCUAAACUCAUGAUGACUCGUUUAUCACGCUCCCUCCUGGCCACGCGCGUCUUCCUGCAGGCGCUGAACCUGGGCAUUGAGGUGGUCAACACCACUGACCACCUGCGCCCGGGGAGGGACUGUGGGCGCGCCCUGCUAAGGCUGUGGUACUGCCCACACUGCCAGGGCCUGCUGGGGGCCCCGGCCUGUAAAGGGUUUUGCCAGGCUGUGAUGGCAGGGUGCCUGGGGGGCGCAUCAGAGAUACAGCCCCACUGGAGGGGGUACGUGGAGGGGCUAGGGAAGUUGGCGGGGGCCAUGAGGGGGGAGCAGGACAUGGAGGCUGUGAUAAUGAGGUUACAUGUGCUGAUCAGACUGGCCCUCAGACACGCUGUCAAUGCACGCCCCCGCCUACACGCACUGGUGAGUAACAAGCAAGCAUACGCUCGCACGCACACACUGAGCUGCCACCUCAUCUAUAACACCUACAGCCACCUGAACGGAUGA